CUUCAUCCACUGAGGGAAAAAAAAGAUGCCGCUGUAAAACUUUUCAGUAACGAGAGAAAGGGAGAGAAUUGACGCGAUGGAUGAGGACGAUAAAACAGAGUGAAGAGCAUUUCAUACGGCCCUACAUCAUCAAGGAGGAUCAGCAUGAUUACAUAGAUACCAUCUUUUAUUUGUUCAAGGAAAAGAGACAAAAGUUUUGGUACAAAAGUAUGGCGCGAGAGACUGGAGACACGAAAAGUACCAAAGUGAAAAAGCAUAAAAGGAGGAAAAGCAAAAAGGAGAGUAAAACAAGGAUUGUACACGCCAACAUUUUGUAUGACCAUACCAAAGGAGGGGAUAACCCCAACAACAGACACUAUGCAAACAAUAAGAUCAAAACCACAAAAUACACUCUGCUUUCUUUCCUACCGAAGAACCUCUUCGAGCAAUUUCACCGGUUUGCCAACGUGUAUUUUGUUUUCAUAGCCUUACUGAAUUUUGUGCCUGUGGUCAAUGCGUUUCAACCAGAGUUGGCUCUUGCCCCUGUGGUUUUUAUUUUGUCCGUUACCGCUAUCAAGGAUUUAUGGGAGGAUUACAGACGACACCGCUCAGAUAAAGAAAUAAAUCAUAUGGACUGUCUCGUUUACUGCAGGAGUGAGAAAAGGUAUGUGGAGAAAUACUGGAAGGAGGUACGGGUCGGAGACUUCAUUCGUCUGCGCUGCAACGAGAUUCUGCCGGCGGACGUUCUUCUGCUCAGCAGCAGCGACCCAGACCGCCUGUGUCACAUCGAGACGGCCACACUGGACGGCGAAACCAACCUCAAACAGAGGCAGGUGGUGCGCAGCUUUAUCGACCUGGACUGUGAGUUUGACCCAUCAAAGUACAACAGCAUUAUUGAAUGUGAGAAGCCAAACAAUGACCUCAACAGAUUUCGUGGAUACAUAAUCCAUCGCAGUGGGAGGAGAGACGGGCUAUACAAAGACAAUCUGCUGCUUAGAGGCUGUACCAUCCGCAACACGGAGGAGGCUGUAGGAAUUGUCAUCUAUGCAGGUCAUGAGACAAAAGCAAUGCUGAACAACAACGGCCCACGUUAUAAACGCAGCAAACUUGAGCGGCAGAUGAACGUAGACGUAUUCUGGUGUGUCAUUAUCCUCCUAGUCAUGUGCCUCUUUUCGGCCAUUGGUCAUGGCCUGUGGAUGUUUCAGUACGGAGAUAAGAGGCCCGUCUUUGACGUCCUGAGCCCAGAAGGAACUGACUUAUCUCCAGUGGUCUCAGCCAUUUAUCUCUUCCUGACCAUGAUUAUAGUAUUUCAGGUGCUGAUCCCAAUCUCGCUCUUUGUUUCCAUUGAAAUAGUGAAGAUAUGCCAGGUAUACUUUAUCCAUCAAGACAUGGAGCUGUAUGAUGAGGAAACAGACUCUCACCUCCAGUGCAGGGCUCUGAACAUCACAGAAGACCUGGGCCAGAUGCAGUACAUUUUUUCUGAUAAGACCGGCACACUCACAGAAAACAAGAUGGUGUUUCGCCGUUGUACUGUGGCAGGAGUCGAGUACUCGCAUGAUGCCAAUGCGAGAAGGCUUGCUAUGUACCAGGAGGUGGAUUCAGAGGAGGAGGACUGUACAUCUCAUGGUGGAACUCUCCCACGGCGGGACAGCGUCACCAGUCACCAGAGCGGAAAAGUGGUGUUGCGAACCCAGAGCACUAAAUCUCACCGUCGCACCGGCAGCAGAGCCGAAGCCAAACGGGCCAGCAUUCUGUCCAAACACACUGCCUUCAGUAGUCCAAUGGAGAAGGACAUCACUCCAGAUCCCCAGCUCAUGGAUAAGGUCAAUGAGUGUGGCAGUCAAAUGGAGUUCAUCCGUUUUCACAAUCAGCCCCUGAACCAGAUCCCCCCUGACCAGUGUGACAUCUUUGACUUUUUCAUCGCCCUAACUAUCUGCAACACUGUUGUUGUGUCCUCACCCAAUCAACCCAGACAGAAGGUGCGUCGUUUUGAGUUGAAGUCUCCAGUAAAGACCAUCGAGGACUUCAUCAAGCGCUUCACUCCAAGCCGCCUGACCUCUGGCUCCAACAGCAGCAGCUCCUCCAGUCUGACCACCAACCGCUCGUCCUCCCAUAAAGUGGGCUGCAGCAUGCUUUCCUCCCCUUCGGCCGAGAGCACGCUCACCAAGCUGAACGAGGAGAAGCGUCCAGAGCGUGACCUGCAGCAUGCCUUCAGCCCCGUCCCACCCAACUUCGAUAAAACAAAAGCUUUGGCUCAGGAUGAAUGCGAGCUCAGAUAUGAGGCGGAGUCACCGGACGAGGCAGCUCUGGUUUAUGCAGCCCGGGCCUAUAAGUGUGCUCUUGUUGGGCGUUUACCAGAUCAAGUGACCGUGGAACUUCCACACUUGGGCAAGCUAAGUUUCGAGCUUCUGCACACACUGGGGUUUGACUCCACAAGAAAGAGGAUGUCAGUGGUGGUAAAACACCCGCUGACUGAGCAAAUUACUGUCUACACCAAGGGUGCUGAUUCAGUCAUCAUGGAUUUGAUCAGACCAGCUACAGAUGAUUGCAAAGGAAAGCGACAAAGGAAAAUCUUAUAUAAAACUCAAAACUACUUAAAUCUUUAUGCUGCUGAUGGCCUCAGAACGCUUUGUAUUGCCAAAAAGGUGCUCAGUAAGGAGGAGUAUGCCUGUUGGCUACAGCGCCACCUGGAGGCCGAGACGGCCAUACAGAAGAGAGAGGAGCUGAUAUUUGAGUCUGCAUUACGACUAGAGACCAACCUCCAACUUCUAGGAGCAACAGGUGUUGAGGACAGACUUCAGGAUGGUGUCCCCGAGACUAUCGCCUCUCUGAGGAAAGCGGGCCUUCAGAUCUGGGUGCUGACAGGAGAUAAACAAGAGACUGCUAUCAACAUUGCCUAUGCUUGCAAACUGCUGGACCCUGAGGAGGAGAUAAUCACUCUUAAUGCUGACUCGCAGGAAACCUGUGCUGUAUUGCUGGAGAACAGUUUGCACUACAUCCAGGCCAAGUUCCUUUGCAACUCUCGACCAGAUCCUCAAACAGCUAAAGACUAUGCUGGCAUCCACUUCUCCUCUCCAGUGUGUUCCCCGGCCUCUUCUGGCCACUCCAGCCCGUUCCUAGUGCACCGGCUCGGUUUGGUGAUCGAUGGCCGGACUUUGGCCUACGCACUGGACAAGAGUUUGGAGGACAAGUUCCUGGCGGUUGCUCGAAGUUGCCGGUCCGUUCUAUGCUGUCGCUCAACGCCCCUGCAGAAGAGCAUGGUGGUCAAGUUGGUGCGCAACAAACUCAAGGUCAUGACAUUGGCAAUAGGAGACGGAGCUAAUGAUGUUAGUAUGAUCCAAGUGGCUGAUGUAGGGGUCGGCAUCUCUGGACAGGAGGGCAUGCAGGCGGUAAUGGCCAGUGACUUUGCCCUGCCACGGUUUCGAUACCUGCAGAAGCUGCUCUUGGUUCAUGGCCAUUGGUGUUACUCUCGUCUCGCCAACAUGAUCCUCUACUUCUUCUACAAAAACGCUAUGUUUGUUGCCCUCAUCUUCUGGUAUCAGUUCUACUGUGGGUUCUCUGGGUCAGCCAUGGUUGAUCAGUGGUAUCUGAUCUUCUUCAACCUGAUGUUCUCCGCCUUCCCUCAGCUCAUCACGGGCACCCUGGACAAAGAUGUGUCAGCAGAAACCCUGCAGGAGUUGCCGCAGCUCUACAUGAACGGACAGAACUCAGAGGAAUAUAAACCCUACAUGUUCUGGAUGAACAUGAUAGAUGCCUUUUACCAAAGUCUCAUCUGUUUUUUCAUCCCCUACUUUGCUUACGUUGACUCUGAUGUGGAUUUGUUUACGUGGGGAACUCCCAUCACCACCUUGGCACUCUUCACCAUUUUGCUGCACUUGGGAAUCGAAACUAAAACCUGGACAUGGAUGAACUGGGUAUCGAUUGGCUUCAGUAUAGCUCUCUUCUUUACUGUGGCACUGUGCUACAACGCCUCCUGCCCAACCUGUUUCUCUCCCUCCAACACGUACUGGACCAUGCAGAAGCUGCUGCUAGAUCCUACAUUCUACCUGAUGUGUGUCGUCACACCCAUUACCGCUCUUCUUCCCAGAUACUGUUAUAGAGCUUGUCAGGGAACUUUAUUCCCAAACCCUGUCCACGUGGGGAGACAACUGGACAAACUGCCAGUGGACAUGCGCAGGCUCUUCCUGAAUCAGAGCCAGAUGAAGCUGGGUUCGCUCGGGUCACUGUUUGCCCCCCGCGCCCCAUUUUUCCCUUUCUGCUUGCCUUUCCAGAAAGAUUACGGGCCCGGGGUAAAACAAGCCCACACGAGUGGCACCAAACAGAAGGAGAUGGCUAUUUCCAGCCCCAUCCCAUCAAAGAGCAUGGAGAUGCCGGACACACCAUUAAGCUCAAAGAACUCUGACAACCAUAUCACGCUCAACUUCAGAAUGCAGGAAAAAGUUCAGUCCUGCAGACAGGGCUCAGACGGCCCCCUAUCUGAGAACUUACACUGCGUGAAGGAACCUUCGAGUCCCAAUACAGGCACUUUGCCGUACUCCAAAGACACUCCUGGCUCCAGGACUAUUUUGGAUAGCACAGGCUUGGAGGCCCCGCUGAGCCCAAUAGACCUCUGCCAGGUCGGGUUGCUCACCUCCACUCCUUUGCUUGCUCAAACCGAGGCUAUGCAGCUCAUGUCGCCACCCAGAAGUUGUUUUUUGGGACAAAAGCUAGACGACGAGGAGCAUUCAAACCAAAGAUCCCUACUGAAACGGGCCGGGGAUGUGGAUCACACCCAGUCAUCUUACAGCCUACAAGAACAUUCACUCAAAACAACAUUUCUAUGAUGCUUUCUACCUGUUACGCUGAUUCAAAUUUGCACGUUAGCUUUAUUAAAUGUUAUUAUAUAUUCAUGAAUAUUUUAUGAAGAUAUAGGUUGGUACUACAUAAAUAUAUAUAUUUUAGAUGUAUAAAGUUUAGAAUAAAGUUUGUUUGUGUUUUGAGAGAGAAAGAGAGCGAGAGUGGCCAGCAUGUGCAAACUGGAUGGUCUUAUUUUUACAUUGACUAACUUUUGGGAUUUUUUUUUCUUUGUAAACCAUCUCAAAAGCAGAGAGGGUUUGUUUCUCGAGACAGAAGCAAUCCAGACACAUUCCUUUAUCUGUUUAUUUGAACCUGGAUGUUCUGGCGCACUUUAAAAAAACCUUCCUCUUCUACCAUCAGACACCGCUUGCAGCACUACGCUCGUAUUUCCCCGUCCCAGUCCUAGACCGUACCCUUCACUGUGUCCGUAGCUACAGAAAUUCCCAUAAUACAUUCACACGAGAAGUUUUCUAAUAGGCUACCUGAACUACUGCUUGCUUUUAAACAAAGGUAUGAUCAUUAAAAAACUAGUAAUGUGCUUAGCUGUGACUGGACUGGAGUCAUUUGCAAUAAUAAGACUUUUCAUAAAUGAAUCAUACAUGAUUUGAUUCAUCAUAACAUUUGCUUUACAUUCAUAUCUUCUACCCUUUUUCAUUUACGUGAAUAAUCCCAUUUAGAAAUGUAAUUAAAACAUAUUUAAAUCCGAUUAGGUUUUUUUUUUGCCACUUUAAAUACUUAUACGGCCAAUCUGAUGCAUUAACUAUCAAACGUGUUCAAACAUGUAGUUAAGGUGGCCAUUAUUCACAUGACUUCCUCUGACUCCAGUCGUAGCUCAUGCUAGCGCUUAAUUAGUUUUUGGUUGGUUCAUUCGGCAAUAGUUCAUGUUGUAAAAACUAGUUGUUCGGGUAUUAUUACAUGAUUUAUCUACCCUAUGUGCAAAGUGUUAGUGAAAUUCCUUAAACAUCCCCAGCACUAAAAGUCACACAGUGGAUUUAACGACAGACAACCGCUUUAGCGAAUGCACAGAUUCACACUACACAUGUUGAGAUUUUGUUUUUGCAGUUAGACAGAUACGUUUACUCUAUCGCAUUCCAUUAUUGAAGCUCUUAGACAUCUAUGCAACGUUCAAAUUUUUGCCCACACACGAGCAUUAUCACAUUCACAUACUUAAAGGAGUCAAACAUUGCUUUGUAAAAAUGGAACUGUCUUCUAGUCUAGCACAUUUGAACAUUUAAAUUGCUCAUGUAGUUUUUGUUCUUUUUUUUGCUGCUGCUUUUUGUUUGUACACGCAUUCCUGCAGAAUAAGGUAUCACUUUUGCCUUUUUUUAUAUAUAGUUAUAUUCAUCCAGUCAUAGUGCAGAGUGCUUUAGGAAAUAGAGGCCGAUGCAUAAAGCUACUUAGUGUUUAUUGACAGCAGACGGCCUUAGAAGAUAUGAUUCAGUCCAUGUGCGAACAGAAGGAUGUGCUGAUAAUGGCACUUAACCGUCAUUUUUUAGCUUUAUCGGUUCAAAUAUGCAUCUGCUUUGAUUGUAUUUUUCUGCUGUUUACUCUUUAAAAGAUUGACCAAAGAUGCAAGAAGCACAUGACUGCUGGAGUUUUUGUACUGUAACCGUUGCAUUUAGCGAUUUAUUCGGCUCAGGGUUGCUGCUCCUUUGUUAAAUUUCAGCCAAAAUGAAAAAUUCUGUCGUCAAUUAAUCAUCCUCGUUUAAUUCCAAACCUGACUGAGUGUCUGUUGUUGUUGUCCAUCCAAUAAAAGUCAAUGGUGUCCAAAACAACAUUGGACCAUAGAUCCCAAUGAAAAAAGUAAGUCAUAAUGGGUUUGGAAUUGUGAGAGUGAGUGAAUGAUGUACAGGAUUGUCUUUUAUGGUGGAACCAUUCCUAUAUGUGUCUUUGUGCCCUAACGGCCCCAGAGACUGUAUCCAAACUGGUCCUAUUGUUUCAUUACUGGAAGCUAUAUGCAUUCGCGUCACGCUCGCCCUCAGGAACCGUAAGCACAUGUUCAUGAAAACGGACGUAUUUGAUCAGCCCAUUCUAAGGGAACUAACGAACUAGGCUGAGACUCGUUCUUUUAAAGCUGUAAUAUGUGUAAUGAACGGAUCAGGCUAUCCUUUUGUUCCGCAAUAGAAAAUUCCACGAUUCUGCAAAUGUCAGGGGUGUGGCGUAACAUAGAGUCCCCUAGAGAGAUGCUAAAAUAGUUUUUAUGAGAUGAUUUGUCAUGCUGUGCUCACAUAACCUCAAGGCCUCACCAAUCUGUUCGUUCGAGAUCUCAUUUGGGCAGUCGCUAUCAAAACCGCUGAUUUAUGAACAGUCUACCAGGAGGAUUAUGAGAUCUAUUGUGCUCAUUACAGAAUGAAUGGCGCGAUUAGAAUGUGCCCGGACCAAAAAACAAGGGUGUUAUAUUUUGCAAGCUCCUCGAAUUGUACUUCUGAUUCUUAAACGGAAAAACCUAGAGUUGUAUAUAAAGUGGGUGGCUGUGAUCGGGAGGAAAUGACUGAUUGUGUCUGCAUACGAUAAAAGGCUAAUAUGAAGCACAAGUAUUUUGUCCCCUCAGUUUUUUUCUUCUGCACUGCUCAGGUUCAGCAAUAUGAGCAAUACGUUUUUUGUCUCGUCAAAAUUGUAUUGUUUAUAGCAUCCUGGACUUUAUUUUCGUAGUCUGAUAGUAGCAAAUUUUGUAUGUGCUGAAGUGCUUUAGUAUAUGCGAGAAAAACGGUUUUAUACGAUGUGGAAAUAUAUGUUAUGUGCCUUAACACUGGAGAACACAUAUGUAGACGGCAAUACAUAGUGAAUUUUAUAUACGUGCAGGAUAUGUAAAGUUAUGAUUGCAGUUUAAUAAAAGAAAAACUUUGGUUUUUAAGGAAUUUAAGAGAUUAUGCUGUAUUUUUUAUUUUAUUUUUUUCGUACUCUGUUUUUUGGUGUGUUUUUUUAGAUUGGAAUGUGCCAGUACUUGGAUCCCAGGUUUCAGGUCUGUCGAGUUCUUGGCCAAGCAUCACAUGCUGUAAUAAAAUCCAUUCACAGUUGCAUUCCAGAGCCUUCCCUGACUUCAGGGCAAAAGGAAUGCCGUCCUUCAGAGUUUGUCAUAGCACACAUGUAACCAUCGGGUGGACUUUUUAAUACUGUCGUCGCUGCCAUGACUGUUUCUGGCUCAUUGUACUGUAAUUGGUGUUUGGUAAAGUCACACAAAGGGUUCAGUAUGUUCUCACUUUAGACUCACUACAUUGACAACCCUUUAUAAAAACACCGGUUUCAAUUGUUUCUGUGACAUGUUUGGGGGGGUUUGUUAAAUUGUUCACUCGUUCAAUGUUUGUUUCUUUGACAAGAACAACUCUUAAUGUCAUAAAACUAAAAUAAAUGGUAAGCCAAUG